UUGGAAACAGACGCUCGUCUGUUUAACUCCUGCCUCCUUCGCUUUGCUUCUUCGUGGUGCUUCGGGGAAUGAUAGCACCACUGGACCGUCCUUAAGCCAAUACUAUGGGAUCCGGUCCGGUUGUGUCGGUCUUUCUGCUUCUGUUCCAGCUUCUGCUCGGAACGCCCUUGCUCCACGCAAACCCAGAGUCCGGAGCAUCCUUCUUUGGAGAUGGCUACCUAGAAAUGCCCUUGGCAAGCACCUACAGCACCGUCCAGCUUCACAUCCAGUUCUACACCAGUCAGCGCAAUGGACUUCUUUUCCUGGCCGCAGGGCAAACAGAUUAUCUCCUGCUGGAGCUCAAUGCUGGCAUCCUACAGGCCAGAAUGGACCUGGGCUCAGAAGAACUGACCAUCAAGUCCCCAGCAGGUCCUUAUCUCAACGACCUUGUGAUCCAUGAUGCCGACCUGUUGGUGGCAGACGGGCAGAUGACCCUGAUGGUGGACGGCCUCUUCAAUGCAUCCGUGGAAAUCCCCGGACCUCUGCAAGAGCUGGACGUUGAUUAUGGUCUCUAUGUGGGUGGAACUGGGAGCCUGGAGCUGCCAUAUCUUGUAGGUGUAAGCACACCAUUCAGAGGCUGUCUCCAUGCGGUGACGUUCAAUGACCGCGAUGUCCUCUCUGCUCUUGGGUCUGGUGGCCAGAGAUCCCGUGGAGUCCGAGAGGGUUGCAGCGUCGAGUUCUCCGCCGGGCCUGAUGACCCACUUGGUUUUCUUGGGCCAAACUCUUACAUCACGUUCCCAGGUUGGAGUGCAAGAAACCAAGGGUCCAUCGAGUUUGUGAUCACCACGAGCGUCAAGCAAGCCCCUCUGAUUUACCAGUCAGGCCUGGAGAAUGACUUCUUCUACCUGGAUAUCGUUGACGGACGUCUCAGAGGGAUUGUGGAGAAAGGGAAUGGCCAGGUGGUGCUCCACAACAACAUCUACCUCAGCAACGAGCAGGACCACUAUGUCAAGGUCUACAUGGACGUCCGGAAGUUUGAGAUCCUUGUCGACUACUAUGCCUCCCAGACCUCCAACAAAGGGAUUCACAGCCACCUCGAUCUCCAAGGACCCCUCUUUGUAGGAGGUCUAAAUGAGAAGGCCGCUGCCAGGGUGCGAGAGCAUGGGUUGGCACGUGUGUCUGGAAACAGCUUCUCCAACAGCUCUUUUGUUGGCUGCAUCGAAGACUUGAGGGUAAACCAGGAGAAGAGAAGCCUUCAAGAUGCUCUCGUCACGAGGGACGUAACUGCUGGAUGCGGGAAGCUUGAGGACUAUUCGGACUACAGUGAUAGCUAUGAGCAGGAUGAGGCUACCACAAGCUCUCCUCUAGACGACUGGCAGGGACCAGUCAUGGAGCCCUGCCACCCUGACCCAAAUCUUCCCCCCGUCUUUGCCAACUUCACCAAACUUCUCCAUGUCAGUCCUCUGGGGGUUGCGGAAGGUGGGACAGCUUUUCUGGAGUGGCGUCACACCCAACCUACUAUUGAUCUAAGCAGCGCCAACAUCCGGCAGUCUCAGGUCCUCUUCAGCGUAACCACUGACCCCAGACAUGGAGAGCUGCAACUGGACAUCUCCAGGGCCAGAAACAGAAGGAAGUUCACUCUGUUGGACAUUGUGAACCGGAAAGUCAAGUAUAUCCAUGACGGUUCGGAGGGCCCUAUGGAUCAGCUGCUUUUGGAGGUCACCGUCACUGCCCGGGGAGAAAUCCCAGAGUGUUUGUGGCAAGGUCAGAUAUAUCUUCUGCCUAUCAAGGUCAACCCAGUCAAUGAUGCUCCAGAAAUCAUCUUCCCACAUGGAGACCGCAUAGUCAUCCUGGAGCACACGCGCAAGCAUCUCAACCCUGACAUUCUCCAAGCCCUUGAUGAUGACACCCCCUGUGACAGCUUGAGGUUCCAGCUGCUUGGUGGGAAAAGAAUGGAAGAAGGUUACGUGGAAUAUGAUUUCCAUCCUGGAGUUCCCAUUGAGGAGUUUUCCUGCAGGGACCUGGAAGCAGGUCACGUGGCCUAUAUCCACCAGAAUGGACCAACGUCAUCACUCAUUCUCCAAGUCAAUGAUGGCAUGGUCAUGAGCCCAGUGGCCACCUUGAGAAUUGUUGCCGUGGAGCCAGACAUCCAGGUUCGUAACAACACGGGACUCCUUGUUGCUCAGGGAGGUGUUGUUCCAAUCACCACCACCAACCUUUCUGUGGAGACCAAUGCAGUCCAGCAAAAAGUCCCCAUCUUGUAUCGCUUGACUAUGCCUCUCCAGUAUGGUGAAAUCCAAAAGCAAGGGAACCUGGGUGGAGAAUGGAAGAAAGUAGAAUCUUUCCACCAACAAGAUGUGGAGCAAGGUCGCAUUCAGUAUGUCAGCACAGAUGAGGAGCAGCAUACAGAAGACAUGAUUGAUAAGCUGGGGUUCGUUGUCCAAGUGGGCCAGAAGAUCCUGAGAAACAACACCUUCCUCAUCAGGAUUACGAGAGCCACCAUCAAGAUGAAGACCAUGGUCCCUCUCCAGAUGAAACAUGAAAAAGCGAUGAACAUCACCACUGCGGAAAUGGAGGCAGCUUUGGAAGAGUCAAGUUCUAGCCUGGAGUCUUUCCACUACACAAUCAUUCAGCCACCCAAAAAGGGCAACCUUGAGCUACAUGGCAUGAGGUUGGUGGAAGGCUUUGGCUUUACACAGGAGGAUCUGAAAAACAAUCAGCUGAGUUACAGUGUGACCAUCAGAGACCCAAAGGAGUCAGAAGAUUCCUUCCAGUUCCGCAUCAUGUCUGGAGCCCACUAUUCUCCCAUCUACACCUACAAAAUACAGAUUGGAGGAGAUCCAGAAGUUCCAGUUCUGACCAAUGUCCUUUUGUCCAUUUUAGAAGGAGGACAGGCCAUCAUUUCCAAAGACCACUUGUUCAUCAAGAGUGCUAACAACGCCAAUUACCUGUAUGAAGUGAUAGAUGGUCCAACCAAUGGGAGGCUGAUGUGGAGAACGUCGGAGACUUCACCAUCCAGCAAGGAAGUGAUAACAAAAUUCACCAAUGAAGAUAUCCUCCAGGGCCGUCUUGUGUACCAACAUGAUGAUUCAGAGACUCUGGAGGACGAUAUCCCAUUUGUGGCCAUCAAGCAGGUAGAGGGAAGCUCUGACUUAGAUGCGGAGGACGUGAGAGGUGUCUUCCGGGUCUCCAUUCAGCCUGUUAAUGACCACACCCCAGUCCAGGCGGUCAACAAGGUCUUCAAUGUGGUGCGGAAUGGGCAGCGCCUGAUGACAACCAAUGACAUUGCCUUUAUUGAUGAGGAUUCGGGCUUCUCAGACACACAACUGGUGUUUGUAAGGAAGGACAUCCUCUUUGGCAGCAUCAUUGCCGCUGACGACAGAAGUCGACAGGUCUACCGCUUCACCCAAGAUGACCUAAGGAAGAAAAGGAUUCUCUUUGUCCACUCUGGAGCUAACCGAGGCUGGAUCCAGUUCCAGGUUUCUGAUGGCCUGCACCAGGUUGCCACACUUCUGGAAGUCCAAGCCUCGGACCCUUACAUCAAAAUCCACAAUCGCAGUGACCUAAUUGUCCACCAAGGUGGUCAAGCAACCCUCGACUCUUCCAUCCUUAGCUUGGAAACCAACAUGGACAUCAGGAACGAUGAAGACAUCCUCUUCCGCAUCAUAGCCCCACCCAAGUGGGGUGUGGUGUUGCGAGAUGGGCAGGAAGUGUCUUCCUUCACCCAGAAGGACCUGCUUGUGGGAGACGUUCUUUACCACCACCAUAAUGGGAGCAAGAAUUCCCAGGAUAAAAUCCACAUCUCUGUCGAAGCAAAUCAGGUGACUGUGGAAGAGGUACUGAAAAUCACAAUAUAUCCAGAUUCCCAAACAGACCCGUUGAAGAUUGUUCACAACGAAAGGAUCCACAUCCUCCAAGGAGAAGCUGUGGAAAUUAAGAGCGACUACUUACUGGUUGAGCAUGAAGACAUACCUCCCCAUGAGAUCCUCUACACUGUCACCAUACCUCCCCUCUCUGGAUUUCUGGUGGCCUUGUCUCAGGGCCACACUCCAGAUGAACCCAUAACCUUGGACCCAAUCCAGACUUUCACCCAAGAAGACAUCAACGAAGGCAAGGUCCUCUACCUGCAAUCCAGCCCAGAUAUAGACGGUGACCAGUUCACAGUGGACAUCACAGCCAAUGGAGUUGAUGCUCUGGACGGGAUCGUGGUGGGCCUGGACAUCCUUCCGAUUUCCAUCCCAUUAGAAGUUCACAACUUCACCGUGACUGAAGGGAGCAGUCAGGUGCUCUCCAUGGAUGUCCUAAAUAUACCCGGCACAUAUUUUACAACUCUUAAUGUGGAGUUUGUCAUCCUUGAAGCUCCUGAGCAUGGCGUUUUCCAGAACGUGGAGAGACCAGAAGAAGAUGACGUGAAUGUCUUCUCCUGGUAUGAGGUAGAGCAUCAGCUUAUCCGAUAUGUCCAUGAUGGGAGCGAAUCCUUGACUGACCACUUCACAGUGGUGGCCAACAUCUCCAAGGUCAACCAGCAGAGCCAACCCAAGACGGUCAACAUCAACAUCAUCCCAACCAAUGAUGAAGCCCCAAUUCUGGUGGUCAACUUGGGACUACAGAUCCAAGAAGGUGCCACUGCCGAGAUCACUCCUGAGCUCCUUCUGAGCGAAGAUGAAGACAACCCUCCUGAGGAAGUGGUCUACUCCAUCAGAAGACCCAUCAAUGGGAAGGUGGUGCUGAAGCCAUCACCCAAUGAUACAACCCAGCGUUUCACCCAGGCCCAGAUCAACAGCCGUCUUGUUGAGUUUAUCCAUGAAGGAGCCCUGGAUGGAGGCUUCUCAUUUGAUCUAUCGGAUGGAGAGAACAUGUCUCCGGGGCAUUUCUUUGCUGUGAGGGCCCAAAAGAAACUGACUCUCAUUCUGGAAAACAAGGAAGAUCUGGCCGUCUGUCCAGUGCAGCAUGAUGUAGAGUGUGUCAAGUUUGUGUGCCAAGUGGACAAUGGAGUGAUAUCAUACCAUCACGAAAUGCCGUCUGAACCUUUUUGGAGCCUUGAAGAUUCCUUCAAUUUCCGCCUUUCUACCCCAUCCAUAACAACGGAUCCAUACGUCCUCGGCGUGUCGGUAUCAUUUGAGAACAGCUGUCCACAGAGCUCCACUCGAUUGUGGAGGAACAAAGGUCUCACUCUUCCAGAAGCUCAAAGCAGAGCGAUAGACAUCUCAUUACUGGAUGCUUCCAACCUCCUUGCCUUUAAAGAACCCGAUGCCAAGAAACCGUCCUAUGAUGUGUUGUUUCUGGUCACCCAGCUACCUGCUUAUGGAACCCUGUCUGUACCAGAUGGUCCAGUCAAUAGAGAGCACCCCUAUUUCCUACAAUCUGACCUUGCUGCAGGUGGUUUGGAGUAUGCUCACCAUGGACCCGGAACCCUGGAUGACCAUUUCCGAUUUAGCGCUUGGCUCCGGCCUCUUGAUGUGAAAUCAAUUCAGCCUCCACAAAAGGAAGAAGGACCUGUCAUUUCUGGAAUAUUCAACAUCACAGUGAAGGACAGUAAUGAGGUCCCUCCACGACUGGUCAGCCAAGAACAUGUUCUGCGAGUCCUUCACGGUUCAUCUUUGGUGAUCUCCCAAGAGCACUUGAAUGUCAAGGAUCCUGACAGCUCCCCAGAGGAAAUCAAAUAUGACAUCCUUUCUGGAUCAUCCAGCGGGUUUGUGACCCAUGUCCACAAUAAGCAAGUGCCUGUUGCCCAGUUUACACAAGCAGACAUCAACACAGGGCGCAUAAUGUUCAUCGCCAAUGGAACUAGCUCUUCUGGGACUUUAGAUCUUGCUAUCUCUGAUGGACACAAUCCAACCAUUUUUACUUCCUUGGAGAUCAUGGUUAUUCCAGCAAUCAUCUGGGCAACCAAUCAGACACUUUUGGAGAUACCACAGGACGUUAAUGUGGCCUCGUUGUCCCAUGACCAUCUUCUAGGGACUUUGGAUGAAGGGGAGGACAAUGCUCUCUAUAGAAUCAUUGGAGACCCCCAAUUUGGCCAAAUCGAGGUCAACCAAAAACCCGUGAAGGAAUUUUCACAGGAGCAAGUGGAUAAUGGAGAAGUAUUGUUUACUUUCACUGAUUUUGUCUCCUCUGAGGAUGGUUUCCAGUUCCUUGCCACAUCAGGAGAGGUCAAUAUAUCAGGUGUGGUGAGCGUCACAGUGAAGGCCUUGGUCAAAACUCAACAAGAUGCUCUCUGGCCAAGAGGAACCACUAUCCAGCUUGACACCAGCAUCCUUGAUGCACGUGAACUGGCCAACAAGACCAAGAGUAAUCCUGAGUUCAAAAUCCUUCAAGGUCCCCAAAGAAGCCAGUUUGUCAAAGUCUCCAGAGAUCCUACAAACCAAAUUGUCCCCAUUGAUACCUUCACUCAGCAUGAUCUUGAGCAAGGUCUGGUUGGCUUAGAAAUCUGGGAGGUGGAGGACUCUGAAGAAAGGCGAGAACAAGACAGUUUCCAGUUUGAGUUGGCAGCUGAGGGAGUUCCCCCAGCUCUGGAGUUUUUGGAGUACACCACUGAGGCCUUCAACUCCACAAAGUCCUAUGGAGUAACGCUCCUGAAAGUGCCCAGUUUACGAGAGAAGGACUCCAGCUCCACUCACCAAGACAGAACUUCUUCUCCCCAAACAUUAACCAACAGCCCUUUUGAGUCCAAACCAUCCAGCCAGAAUCCCAGUGAGCAACCAGUUCAUCCAACAGCAUUACUGGACCAAGGGAUAUUAACCACCAUGUCCCCUCCAGCAGAAAGGGGAACGUUUCUCAGUUUCAUCGAAGCCAACAUGUUCAGCAUCAUCCUGCCCAUCUGCCUCAUUCUUCUGCUCCUGGCCUUGAUCCUGCCCUUGCUCUUCUACCUCCACAAGCGGAACAAGACGGGCAAGCACAACGUCCAAGGGACGCCCCCCAAAUACAAGAACGGGACCGUCGUUGACCAGGAGACCUUCCGGAAGACCGAGCCCAACCAAGGCAUUCCUUUAUCGACAGUCAGCACACUGGAGGCCAAAGAAGGAGGACUCAACUCAAAAGGUUUAGGGCCAGGUGGACAACAGGAGCCAGAACUUCUACAGUAUUGUAGGACAUCCAAUCCGGCCUUAAAGAACAGCCAAUACUGGGUCUGAGGGCUGGGAACAAAGACUCAACUGUGUCACUGUCUUCAAGUAGAGGACCUUCCACCUCUUCUUUCUUCUCCUUGUCCUCCUCUUUGUUGACAGUUCUUUAGAUGCAAGGAAUUCCAUGCAAUGGGCCGAAACUUUACAGGAUUGUCCUAUUUAUCUUGGUUUCCUCAAGGAUAUUGCCUUCAUCAAGGGAAAAUUUCAAGGAAAACAGGCAAAACUCUUAUAUAGAAAA